UGUAGUUUGCUUAGACAAGGAAUGAAUCAGAUAAUAAUAAACUUGGAGACACCAGAAAUCAAAGUGCUGGAGAAAGUGGGAGAAAAGGAUGCCAUUGCUAAGGCUUCAAAGGAAAGUGUCUUCAGGCAGAUAAGUGAAGGGAAGGCUCAGUUUACUGCAUCAAGCUCUAAGGCAUUUGCUUUGAUAAUCGAUGGGAAAUCACUUCAAUAUGCUCUGGAUGAUGACAUGAAAAAAUUGUUUUUAGAACUUGCACUUGGCUGUGCAUCUGUUAUUUGCUGCCGCUCCUCGCCAAAACAGAAGGCACUGGUUACCAGACUAGUUAAAGCUGGGACCAGGAAGACGACAUUAGCAAUUGGUGAUGGAGCCAAUGAUGUGGGAAUGCUUCAAGAAGCUGAUAUUGGGAUCGGAAUCAGUGGGGUCGAAGGAAUGCAGGCUGUCAUGUCAAGUGAUAUAGCAAUUGCACAGUUCCGUUUUUUGGACCGAUUGCUUUUGGUCCAUGGACAUUGGUGUUACAGAAGGAUCUCAUCAAUGAUAUGCUACUUCUUCUAUAAGAAUAUGACUUUUGGUUUCACUGUCUUCUUAUACGAGGCACAUACAUCAUUCUCUGCGAAACCUGCAUACAAUGAUUGGUUUUUAUCCCUUUACAAUGUCGUCUUCACGUCUCUUCCGGUGAUUGCUCUAGGGAUUUUUGACCAGGAUGUUUCUGCGCGAUUUUGUCUCAAGUUCCCUCUACUGUACCAAGAGGGUGUGCAGAAUGUCCUUUUCAGCUGGCGUCGGAUAAUUGGCUGGAUGUUCAAUGGGCUUUGCAGUGCUAUCAUUAUCUUCUUCCUAUGCACAAACGCACUAGAUCCCCAGGCAUUCAAUAAGGAUGGGAAAAUUGCUGAAUUUCAAAUCCUGGGGGCAACAAUGUAUACAUGUCUUCUUUGGGUUGUGAACUGCCAGAUGGCACUUGCUGUUGGCUACUUGAACGUAGUCCAACAUAUCUGCAUUUGGGGUGGAAUUGGUUUCUGGUAUCUUUUCCUCUUGGCAUAUGGAGCCAUGCCUCCAAAAAUUUCCACCACUGCAUAUAAAGUCUUUGUUGAAGGCCUUGCCCUGGCACCUUCUUUCUGGGUUGUCACAUUCUUCGUGGUGAUUUCAGCGUUGAUCCCUUACUUUUUAUACAAUGCAAUUCAGAGGCGGUUCUUUCCAACGUACCAUGGAAUGCUACAAUGGAUAGGCCACGAGGGACUAUCAGAUGAUCCCAAAUACUGCAAAAUGUUGAAUCAGAGAUCAAUAAGGUCUAUAACUGUGGGUUUCACAGCGCUUUCACUGGGAAAAAACCAAAGAUGGGAAUCGUAGAUAAGGUUGGAUGAUGCAUUCUUCCUGCCACUGAAGACUCUGCACCUCCAAUACUGCUGUAAACAGAACUCUGAUGCUUACAGUAUGGGGUUGCUUAAAAUUAUGCCACAAUCUUGCAUACGUUACCGGCAAUCCAUUGGUACCGUUUUAACCGGACUCUCUAGGUUGCAAGUCCAAUAGAUUUGUACGAAGCACAUGUCAGUGCACCAAAAUUGAAUUGAAAGAAACAAAGUCCCAAAAGCUUGUAAAUUUUGAUUGUUAGCCAUAUGAGGCUACAUAUUUACAUAUGUAUGUUUAAAUCUUCAAAUAUAAUAGUACUUUAAGCAAAAAAAAAUUGAUUUACUAUUUUACCCUCAUAAAAAAUUUUAAAUAC